UCCCGGGAAAGGGCGGAGCGCCGUGGGGGGGUUCUCCCGGCGCUGCACUUGCUACAUUAACUCGGCGCGUCGGAGACGGCGACACAACUUUCCGGGUCUGCCCCGGGCGUCGGCGACAAGAGGCUCCUCGCCGCUCCGCUCGUCGCGCCCCCAGCGCCGGCCGCUGCCCGCGGCGGACCCCGGCGGCAGCGGGAGCCGCGCUCCGGCGGCAGCGGCGUCGUGGCCGCUCCUGACCCGGCCCCGGCCGGGAAGGCUAUCCCCGGGAGCCGGGUGGGCAUGUCUCCCGUUCCCAGCCCCGCCGAGCGAGGCGGCCGCCGGGUCUGAAGGAGAGCGGGUGAGCCCCGCCGCCUCCCGGCCAUGCGGCCCCUCCGCGCUCCGCUCGCCCUGCUCUGCCAGGUGCUGGGUGCGUGGGCUGCCUGCGCCCUGGCCCCGGACCCCGUCGCAGCCUCUGGGCCGCCGGCGCCUCCGCAGCGCUCCCGCUCGCCGCCGGCCCCGCCGAGAGAAUCCAUGGGAAAGGGCAGCGCCGGGGGCCGCGGCAACGCCACGGGGCGCCGCGCCCGGCUCCGCAACCCCUUCUACCCUCUGACCGAGGAGUCUUACGGCGCCUACGCCGUCAUGUGCCUCUCCGUGGUGAUCUUCGGCAUCGGCAUCAUGGGCAACAUGGCAGUGAUGUGCAUCGUCUGCCACAACUACUACAUGCGGAGCAUCUCCAACUCCCUGCUGGCCAACCUGGCCUUCUGGGACUUCCUCAUCGUCUUCUUCUGUCUGCCGCUGGUUAUCUUCCAGGAGCUCACCAAGAAGUGGCUUCUAGAAGACUUCUCGUGCAAAAUCGUCCCGUACAUUGAGGUGGCCUCUCUGGGAGUCACCACCUUCACGCUGUGCGCGCUCUGCAUUGACCGCUUCCGUGCCGCCACCAACGUGCAGAUGUACUACGAGAUGAUCGAGAACUGCACCUCCACCACGGCCAAGCUGGCCGUCAUCUGGGUGGGCGCGCUGCUGCUGGCCCUGCCCGAGGUGGUGCUGCGCCAGCUGGCCAGGGACGAGCCCGAGUACAGCGGCAGCCCCCCGGGCGAGCGCUGCGUGGUGAAGAUCUCCACGGCCCUGCCCGACACCAUCUACGUGCUGGCCCUCACCUACGAUGGCGCGCGGCUCUGGUGGUACUUUGGCUGCUAUUUCUGUUUGCCGACCCUCUUCACGAUUACCUGCUCCCUGGUGACGGCGAGGAAAAUCAGGAGGGCAGAAAAAGCCUGCACGAGGGGGAACAAGCGACAAAUUCAGCUGGAAAGUCAGAUGAACUGCACAGUGGUGGCUUUGACCAUUUUAUAUGGAUUUUGCAUAAUUCCUGAAAACAUUUGCAACAUUGUGACUGCCUACAUGUCCACAGGGGUCUCUCGACAGACUAUGGACCUCCUCCAUCUCAUUAGUCAGUUCCUUUUGUUCUUUAAGUCCUGUGUUACCCCAGUUCUCCUGUUCUGUCUCUGUAAACCUUUCAGCCGGGCCUUUAUGGAGUGUUGCUGUUGCUGCUGUGAUGAAUGCAUCCAGAAGUCUUCCACGGUGACGAGUGAUGACAAUGACAACGAGUACACCACAGAACUGGAGCUCUCCCCAUUCAGUACCAUUCGUCGCGAAAUGUCGACUUUUGCUUCCGUGGGGACUCACUGUUAAUUGACCUUAGGACUUUAUUUCCUGCAUAUUUUUCCUUUUUCUUUUUUUUACUUCAUAUUUUUCUUCUUGAAGCAAAAUGCAGGGAAAAAAAAUCACUGUUAAAAAUUACUCUUGAAAACCAAUCUGUAUUAACAGUCAUGCUUUGGAAAAUAAUUUCUUUGGUUAUUAAAAGGAGAGAAAGAGAAAGAGAAGGAGAGCCAGCACUCAGUUUUACAUCAUGAGAUUUUGU